CCAGCUCCCGGCCCCUCCCGCUUGGGAGGCCGGGCAGAGCGGGCCUGGGUGCAACAGGAAGGCUCCUGCCCCCCGCCCCGUGGCGCGGCCCCCUCCCGCCGCUCUCCUGCCCGCCUGCGGGGCGCCCCGCGGCCCCUCCGGGGGCCGGGCGGCGGCGGCGGGCAGCGCCGGCAGGGUUAACGCUGAGGAAUGCGGCGAGAGGAAUGUGCAUGCAGAUGAGAUGGAUGCUAAUCUCAUGCUAAUGAGCGGCGGCCGCGGCCGCCCGGGGCUCAGCCGGGCUCCCCGCACCCGCGCCCAGACAGCAGCUGGGCUCCGCCGGGAGCCCUGGCCCGGCUGCCGCGGCGCGGGCGGCAGCCCCGACAUGGUGGACUGAAGCCUGGCCGCCGCGCAGGGUUUCCCGAGCUGCUGCGAGAGGCUCGCUGCGCCCCCUCCCUCCUUUCCCCGGCUCGGCCUAGGCUCCGGACCCCUCGCCGCCCCCCGGCCCGGGUGGGGGCCUUUCCCGCUUCCCGUCUUUCUUUCUGUCCCUAUGGAGCAACUACCCCCGCCGCCCGACCAUGCCUAGGAAAGCGGGGAAUGGGCAGCUCCCCUUACCCGAGGGCUGGGAGGAGGCGAGGGAUUACGACGGCAAAGUCUUCUACAUCGACCACAACACCAAGCAGACCAGCUGGAUCGACCCCCGGGACAGGUUAACAAAGCCCCUGUCAUUCGCGGAUUGUGUUGGGGAUGAACUGCCUUGGGGAUGGGAAGCUGCAUACGAUCCUCAGAUUGGUGUCUAUUAUAUUGAUCACAUGAACCAAACAACACAGAUAGAAGAUCCCAGGAAACAGUGGAGGCAAGAACAAGAGAGAAUGUUAAAAGAUUAUCUUACAGUAGCCCAGGAUGCUCUCAGUACUCAGAAAGAACUGUACCAGGUGAAAGAACAGAGGCUAGCACUUGCACUGGAUGAGUAUGUACGAUUGAAUGAUGCCUACAAAGAAAAAUCAAGCUCUCGUACAAGCUUAUUCUCAGGCUCCUCAUCAAGUACAAAGUAUGACCCUGACAUUCUGAAGGCUGAAAUCUCCACUACCAGAUUAAGGGUUAAGAAGCUGAAGAGGGAACUCUCUCAGAUGAAGCAAGAGCUGCUGUACAAAGAACAGGGCUUUGAAACACUGCAACAAAUUGACCAAAAAAUGUCUGGAGGCCAGAGUGGAUAUGAACUCUGUGAGGCCAAAGCCAUUCUGAGUGAACUGAAGUCUAUCAGAAAGGCCAUAAGUUCAGGGGAGAGAGAAAAACAAGAUCUCAUGAAGAGUCUUGCCAAGCUGAGAGAGAAGUUCAGUCUUGACCAGACCAUUGGGAGAUCUGAACCAGACUUGUGUUCAAGCUCUGUAAACUCUCAGCUGUCUUUGUCUAGACAAACUCUGGAUGCAGGGUCUCAGACUGACAUUUCUGGUGAGGUUGGAGCAAGAAGUAGAUCAAAUUUAGCUGAAAAGGUCAGACUAAGUCUUCAAUAUGAAGAGGCAAAAAGAAGCAUGGCUAACUUAAAGAUCGAACUGUCUAAGUUAGAUAGUGAGGCCUGGCCUGGGGCACUGGACGUGGAAAAGGAAAAACUGAUGUUAAUCAAUGAAAAAGAAGAGCUUCUAAAGGAACUCCAGUUUAUUACACCACGCAAACGUACUCCAGAUGAGCUAGAGCAGCUAGAAGCAGAAAGGAAGAGGCUUGAAGAAGAGCUGCUGUCUGUAAAAAGCACGCCUAGUCAAGCACUUGCUGAAAGAUUGAAAUUGGAAGAGCGAAGAAAAGAGUUGGUACAGAAACUUGAAGAAACUACGAAGUUAACUACUUAUUUGCAUUCACAACUUAGGAGCCUUUCAGCUAGUACGUUAUCUGUGUCUUCAGGGAGCAGUUUGGGAUCUCUGGCAUCUAGCCGGGGAUCUCUGAACACGUCAAGCAGAGGGUCGCUAAACUCACUCAGCUCUACGGAUCUCUAUUAUAACCAAGGCGAUCAAAUAACAGAUCUGGACUAUCAGUAUAAACUUGACUUCAUAUUGCAAGAAAAAAGUGGUUACAUUCCUUCGGGGCCUAUCACUACUAUUCAUGAAAAUGAAGUGGUCAGUUCCCAUGGGAGACUGGGUUACAGUGACUCUCCUUCAGCUUCAGACCAUCCAAAAUUGACUGAACCUCCCAAAUCUGUGACAUCACUGUCUUCAAGAUCCUCACUGUCUUCCUUGUCCCCCCCAGGCUCCCCUUUGGUUUUGGAAGGUGCAUUUUCAAUGUCAGCUCAAAAUUCCCCUCUGCAUCACCUCACUACAGACUUUGAAGAUUGUGACCUUUCAGGUGAUUUUGCAGGCAUUAGUCUCUGUGAGAACCAAAUGUUAUUGGACUCUGAUGCCAGAGCAGGAUCUGAGAUUCCUACAGAUGAUAAAGAUCUUACUGAAAGCAUUAGGCAAGCUCUGCCUUCUCUACAUGAAGGAAGUGCAGAUAUUGACUUAGCAAGAAGAGCAGCUAGUCACCUGCUUGAGGAGAAAACAGCUUGUGUAUCUGCUGCUGUGUCUGAUGAGUCUGUAGCUGGAGAUAGUGGGGUAUAUGAAGCUUCUGUGAAACAACCAAAUGAAACUGAGGACAUUGUAUAUAGUGAAGAUGAUACAACAAUUCUAGAGGCUGCCCAGGUACAAAUAGGACUCAGAUAUGACCCCAGCAAUUCAAGUUUUGUGGUAAUCAUAGUCCGGCUCAGAAAUCUUCCAGCAUUUUCUGUCCCUCUUGGCUCUAAAAUGUAUAUUAGAGUAGCAGUGCUUCCAUCCUCAACCGAUAUCAGCUGUCUGUUCCGCACUAAAGUUCAUCCUGCCAUGGAAACCAUUUUAUUCAACGAGAUAUUCAGAGUAGCCAUCUCCCAAGUAAUGUUGCUACAGAAGACAUUGAAAGUGGAUGUUUGUGCUGCCAGUAGAAGUCGUCGGGAGGAAUGCUUGGCUGGAACUCAGAUCAGUCUGGCAGAUUUAUCCAUUUCUGAUGAGACUUACACUCUGUGGUACAACCUGCUGCCUUGCAAGCAGAUUCCUGGCAAAAAAAACAAGGAACAAAAUGAAGAAUCUAUGUUUCUGUUAAACAAGCAGUCAUCAGACUCAAUGGAUUUGCAGGAUGCUGUCUCAGCUCUGCUAGAGCGGACAUCUGCUGAGCUGGAAGCAGUGGAACAAGAGCUGGCUGAAGAUGAGGAAGAGGAACAACAGGAGCAAAUGGGCUCUGAGGAAGACUGGUUAGAAAUGCUUGCAGAAGCAUCUGAUGAAAUUGUGGAUGAAGAGGAAGAUGGCGUUAAGCUCACAGUAGAAGGCAGCUGUACUAGUGAUUUGGGGUUAUGCAUUGAACCAGCAGAGACAGAUGAAGACAAGGGCAGAGAGAACAGCAAUGAGGCCCAUGAAAGCCAGCAAGCUUCUGUAAUACUAACACUGGUUGAUAAAGAGACUAACACUGAAGAAUCGGUUAAUGAGAACACAGCAGUCCGACCCAAGGACAGAGCCAGCUGGAGCUCAAGACAGCAUCCCUUUGUCAGGAACAGCAUGAUAGUGCGCUCACAAACCUUCUCUCCAGGCGAGCGGAACCAAUACAUCUGUAGGUUGAAUCGAAGUGACAGCGACAGCUCAACACUAGCCAAAAAGGCACUCUUUGUGAGAAAUGCCACAGAACGGCGGAGCCUAAGAGUUAAACGGCCUGUUUGCCAGCCAAUUAUGCGAAGAGCUACACAAGAGCGCCUCAUACGCACUUCCCUUGACUUGGAGCUGGACCUCCAGGCAUCUCGCACACGACAGAGUCGUCUGAAUGAUGAGCUUCAGGCCUUGAGGGAUCUUAAACAAAAGCUUGAGGAGAUGAAAGGCAGAGGAGAGACAGACCUUCCCUUGUGUGUGCUAGAGGAUGAGCGAUUCCAGAAAAUCUUAAAACAAGCUGAAAAGCAGGCUGAACAGUCAAAGGAAGAACAGAAACAAGGUUUAAGUGCCGAGAAGCUGAUGAGGAAAGCUUCCAAGGAUGUAUGUCGGUUACGGGAGCAGAGCCAGAAAGUGCCACUGCAAGUGCAGUCAUUCAGGGAGAAGAUAGCAUACUUCACAAGAGCAAAGAUCAGUAUACCAGCCCUUCCAGCUGAUGAUGUAUAGUCAUGCAUUUUCAUUGAAGUGGUUUUCUACUUGCUCAUUUGUUUUAGAUGAACUUUGUAGUUCUAGUGACCUGCUUUUAAAGAUCUUCUAUUUUACAUUCACCAUUGAUAUGUUUAUUUGUAAAAUACAGUGAAUUGAAUUCUUCUAUUCUUAAAAAAGGCAAAAACCCAACAACCGGAAAACCAAAGUAGAUUAGUUUUGGUAUACUGAUGCUGAUUUUGUACAGUUUGUAUGUAUUGCAUGUGUGCUUUUAUUUUGUAAAGAUGGAACGAAGGAACAAAGGCAGUACUAAGCAUGUAUCCUGUUGAACCGCACUGUGUUGAGAAAUACUAUGUUCAACAGAAGAUUGUUUAUCUUUUCACUAUUUUCAUGUGAGCAGACUGUGAAGAUGGCUGUUACGCCAUGCAAUAUUUUCAUACAAGAGUGUGACUUUUAUAGUUUGAAGCUAACUGUAAGUGCAAGCUCCUUUCCAAAACAUCAAGGCUGCCUCACAACAGCUGCUAACUAGAUUCAGCACCCACAUUGGAAUUUUGUUUCUGAAACACAAGUUUCUUCUGUUUUUGUUUUUUAAUUCUUUGUACGAAGAGACUGAGUUCAGUGAAUGUACAGUACUUCAACCUGCACUAAAAGGUUUCUUGCAUCUGCAGGAGAGUGGGAAGGCAAGGCAGACAAGUAACCCUAAAAUUUUGAUGAGACUACCAAAAGGGCAUCUGCUUUCUGAACUGGAAGCUGAAUCAAAUUUAUAAUACCAACACUGAAAUCAGAAUAGUUAUAUCCACUGCAAUAUAGAGAAACUCUCAUUUUUAAGUGUAGUUUUUUGUCCUGGAGGUUGUCUAUUACCAACUAGGAAAAUGUAAAAAUUUUACAUAUGGGGAUGUUUUCAUUAAAGUAUUUGCACCAGAAGGAAAAAUUUUCACUCUGUCACAUACUGACUCAGAUAUCAGAAGUCUUGUUGGUAUCAUAAACCCUCUCUGAAAAAGAAAAGUUCCUGACUAGGGAGGCUUAACUUAUUUCAAUAGGAUAAAUACCAUUUUAAAAAAUACACAGUAUGACCCUGCAUGCAGUUCAGGUUGCACAGGUGUAAUAAGUAAAAGCGAGUAGCAAUUUUCAGAUUUGUCUUACCAGAACCAAUAUGCUAGGAAGACACAGCAGCUUGGAUUUAUUUUGUUAGAAGUCCAGAAGGUUAGAUGUAGCAUAAGGUGUUCAAAAAGCCCUGUCCUGGUAAAGCAGUUGAGGCUCUCUGCAUGUACUACAUAAGUAGCUAGACACUGCAGAUAACAUACCAAGUAGAAAAUGAAAUAAUUCUGUUACACUCAGGUGUAUUUAAUUCACUGGUGAAAGUUUUUGUCCCCAAGCAACAAGCCACAAACACAUGGUCUUCAUCUUUCAAAAGGCUGUAAUUACUUUGUGAGAAAGUGCGAGAGAAUAUAACCACAAUAUUGUAGCAGCUGUCUCAAACUCAAAGUGACAAUUCUGUGAUGAGGUCUGUGUAAGCCUCACCUGAGGAUUUUCUUAUGCACAAAUACAUCAAUUCUUGUAAAGGCAUAGCCAAACAUUACGCUAUUUUGGGCUAGAUGCCUGGCUGAAUGUCCUUUAUGAAUGCCCCAUUUGUUCUUGGUUUCUUGGGUUUGAGAUACCAUUCAUGUUUGAAAGGUCAAAUUUAAAAAAAACAAAUCUGGAAUUAUUUAAUGUAGAGGUGAAAUGAAGGUUGACUGUUUCAACUUCUCAAUUUGAUUAUAUAAGAUGUUUGUAGAAUGAUGUUUAGAGGUGUACUUUAUGAUUUUUCUUUUAUUUAUUUACAGUCUUAUUUAUGUUCUGUUUAAUAUAGUUCAGUUCUGCCCAUAAAAAUGUUUGACAUUAAAGAUGCUAUUUGUGGAAAACAUUUAGAGCUCUCUAAAUUCAUGCCAGAUUAGCUGUUUUUCCCUCCCAUGUUGAAUAACUUUCAAAAAAGUAUUAUCACCUGAUAAGUACAAGGUGAGGCCAAAAUUGAAGUAUUGCUGGCUUUAGCUUGCAAAACUCUCAUUUAAAAAUGAGACAUUUAGGCACAUGAAUAUGUUUCAGUUCCCAAAUCAGUAGGGUUGAACAUGCUUUAUAGACAGCUUUUAAACAGUUCUGGGUUUGGGUAUUUUUUUAUUAAUUCAAAUUAUUCACACUUGAAACACUCAAUAGAAUGAAUUAAAAUGCAUAUGGAUAAACCCCUGUCAGUUUAAACUUUAAAAUAUUAUUCUCUAAGUAGAAUUUACUCUGCCCAGCAGGGUAUAAUAAUUAGUUCUGUUUCCAGGUACCAAUGUCACUGCAGUUGCAUGUAUCAAAAUCUAAAUAUUACUGGUACAAGAAUAUUUAGCCAAAUGAGCAAAUUUUAGCAGAAAUUUUAAUAGGAUACAAAUCAAAUAAUUUUAAGAUCCUUUUUUACUAUUGCUAUGUUUAUACUGUAUUAAAAUAUCAAAUGCUCAGGACUGAACUAAAUAUUUAAUCAGGUUAUAUUCUGAAUGUGUUUCUGUUCUAAUUUUGUCUGUAAGAAUAUGCAAAUACAUCACAUAGAUUAACUUGUCUCUGCACUUUUCCAUGUGUUUCAGUGAUUGGAAAAUACAUUUUUUUAAAAAACAAA